AUGCCUACCGAAGCUCAGAUCGCCGGCGGUCACAAGGCCACCCUCAACAACCCCAACGUCUCCGCCGAAGCCAAGCAACACUCCAGGGAAGUCCUUGACAACGAAUUCAACGGUGGUGACGUUCCCAAGAGCGGCGAAGACGGGAACAAGAAUCCCGGCAACGUCGCCGGUGGACUCAAGGCGACCCUCAAAAAUCCGAAUGUAUCUGAGGAGGCAAAGGAAAGCGCCAAGCAGCGUCUAGACGCCAUGUAA